AGAAACAAACAGAAAGGGGUCAACAUUGAGUUCAAUACGUGCACGUGUCCCUCAACAGCACUUCCCAUAUAUUCACCGCUUUCCUUCUUUUUCCUUUUCUUUUCUCAAACUCCGCUUCAUUCACAUUCUCACUGUACGGGGAGGGCCAUGUUAACCACCGUCAACAACGACAACUCCUUCUCCGCUUUCAGCGACUGCAACAGCGACAGAUCCGCCGAAUUCUCCACACCGUCUUCCGAGAGCCGCCGCCUCCUCAUCGCAUGCGCCGCCGACAAUUCCGACGAAUUCAUUCGCCACCUCGUUCUCAACCUCCAUUCCUGUUCCAUUGAGGACCAGAAACAGGCCACCAUGGAAAUCAGGCUACUCGCCAAGAACAAGGAAGAGAACCGCGUCAGGAUCGCAAAAGCCGGCGCGAUUAAACCCUUGGUUUCGCUUCUAUCGUCCUCGUCGGACCUUCAGCUUCAGGAGUACGUGGUGACCGCGAUUCUCAAUCUCUCGCUCUGCGACGAGAACAAAGACCUGAUCAAUUCCUCGGGAGCGACGAAGCCUCUUGUGGGAGCGCUGGAGACGGGGACGCCUACGGCGAAGGAGAACGCGGCGUGCGCGCUGCUCCGGCUCUCGCGGAGAGAGGAGGACAAGAUUGCGAUAGGGAGGGCGGGGGCGAUUCCUCCUCUGGUGAAGCUUCUAGAAGGUGGGGGUUUGCGCGGGAAGAAGGACGCGGCGACGGCGCUGUACGCGGUGUGUUCGGUGAAGGAGAACAAGGUGAGGGCGGUGAGGGCGGGGGUUAUGAGGGCGCUGGUGGAGCUGAUGGCGGACUUGGGGUCGAGCAUGGUGGACAAGGCGGUGUACGUGGUGAGCGUGGUUGUUGGGGUGGUGGAGGGGAGGGCGGCGUUGGUAGAUGAAGGGGGGAUUCCGGUGCUGGUGGAGAUAGUGGAGGUGGGGACGCAGAGGCAGAAGGAGAUCGCCGUCGGGGUUCUGUUGCAGAUUUGCGAGGAGAGUUGGGUGUACCGUACUAUGGUGGCCCGCGAAGGAGCCAUUCCACCCCUCGUCGCUUUCUCACAAUCACAGUCACACUCACACUCCAAUCGCCCCAGACACAAGGCUGAGAAACUCAUAGAGCUUCUACGGCAACCGAGAUCCGGCAAUGGCGCUGGUCGUUCCUAGGAAAUGUCAGCAUAAACCCUACCACACCUCCGACAAACAAAAAUAUAGAUUGGGGGACACAACUUGUAAAUAAAUACCUCUGUAACCACCUUUCUCAUUCUGUUUUUUUCUUCUUACUUUUGCUCCACAUAUUUUCCUUUUCCUUUUCAAAUUUUAUACAACCAUAAUUAAUUAAAGGGGCAUAAUCAACCGGUUUAUACCUCUUUACAUAUAUAAAAACCG